CGUAAUGGCGACGUCGCGAGCGCCGGACGCGUGUCGGGUCCUGGUGGUGGGCGCCGGCCUGACGGGCAGUUUGUGCGCCUGCCUUCUCAGGAGGACCUUUCGGGACAAAGUCGACCUCGUCGUGUGGGACAAAGCUCGCGGAACAGGAGGAAGGAUGUCCACGUACCGCCCUCCCGACCCUUCGUACCAACCCGUCGACCUGGGAGCUCAGUACGUCACGGCCACCCGCGAGUACGCUCGCGCGCACCACAGGUUAGGCCGCCGAACGAACGGCGCGAUCCGCCGGCCGCGCCGAUGUCGACGUCGUUUCCCCGCGUGCAGUUUCUACUCCGAGUUGCUGGCGGCGGGGGUCCUGCGCCCCCUGGACUGCGCGGUGGAAGGUUUGCGGGCCAAAGAGGGCGCCGUCGACUACGUGGCGCCGCUGGGCAUGGGCGCCGUGGUCAAACACUUCCUGAAGCAGUCAGGAGCCCGCGUCUUCCUGGAACAUCACCUGAGCGGCGUGUAUCGCCGCGGCGCUUCGUGGGAAGUGCGCAGGAAGGAAGGCGGCGACGGCCAAAGCUUCGACGCGCUCCUCUUGACCAUCCCCGUGCCCCAGAUUCUGCAGCUCCAAGGCGACCUAAAGGACGUUUUAUCCGACCGGCAGAAGCAGCUGUUGCAGGGCGUGUCGUACUCGUCGCGUUUCGCGCUGGCGCUCUUCUUUGCUCCCGGGACCGACUUGGGCGUGCCCUGGGCCGUGCGCUACUUCAACAACUACAACGAGGACGACGGCGGCGGCGGCGAGCCCAGAAUUGUUUGCUACGCCGCCGUGGAGCCUCGCAAACGCGCCGCAGAGGAGGAGGCGGGCCGCGGGCCGGCGUUGGUCGUCCACACCGGCGCGCCCUUCGGCCUGCGCCACCUCGAGAGCGACGCCGAGGCGGUGCGACCCGUCGUCUUGCGAGAACUGCGACGGCUCCUGCCGGAUCUGCCUGAGCCCGUCGCCGUCAAGUGCCACAAGUGGCGCUAUUCGCAGGUUGCGAGCGCGGCGGACGGGUGCCCGGGUCACAUGGUGCUGUCGGACCGCCCCCCGCUGGUAUUGGCGGGCGACGCCUUCACGCACUCCAACUUUGACGGCUGCGUGGCGUCGGCGCUCAGCGCGCUCGCCGCCCUGGGGAACCUCGUCUGACAGGAAGCCUCCCCUGCGAACGACCGCCGCCACGCCGCAAGGUGUUCGUGGGAGCUAGCCCUGCCUGCGCCGGUUGGCCUCAUCCCGAAGGCAGGGGCGCCGUAUAGGGGUGAAAAGUGACAUGAUUUCUAAGGACCCAUGCCCUGAUGGGGCCCACAAAGAAAAUUAGAACAUGAAGUAAUCAUUUGCACAAUAAAAUAUGAAUCAUUGUAAUUUUAUUAGGACUAAAACGAAGGCUUUCUUGUUUUGUUUUUGGAAAAAAGUCAACACCCAGAGAGCAUAUGUAUUCCCAGCCACCAACCCCCCCUCCCCCAACCCCUGUAUUUAAUGAAAUGGUUUGGUCCACCCCUCUUUCAAUCAGACAGGGAGCAGCGGUGCGCAUUUACACCAGGCAAUGACUCUGCGUGCGUGGUAGUGCAGAAAUGUUUUCAAAAGAAAAAUCGGGUUAUCAAAAGAGGAAAGCAAAACAGGAGAGGGGUAGAAAAGGCCAACCGGAUGUGAGAAAGUACUUCACAAAGGAAGGUUGGUGUCUUGUGUCAGUGCAGUGCUGAAACUAAACUUGCUAUCUAAGCCCACUCCAGCCCCAUCUGGAACCUUGCGAUGUCUAUUACAAAGCUCCGAAGCGAGGUCCCAGCUCACUCUGUAAGAAAUACGGGAUUUUCCCGGCCUCAAUGAGCGACAUUCACCUAUUCAAAAACAUGAAUUCCAAAUCGUGACGGCAUUUUUUUGGUAUCCUACUGAUGAAAUCAAAUCCAAUUUCACCAGAAUGCUUGAUACUCUAAAUGUGUGUGUGCCGGCACUGGUGGUGGGGCCAAAAGUGAUAUCUUUUGAUGGGGCCACGGCAGCGCCCUUGCCCGCGGGGGUUGCCGAGUUGGGCUGCGGUCAUCUGCCUUUCAGAAUAAAUGUUCUUUUCUGAGAAAAUUGUCAGGAUCACUUCUUCAGGUCUCGGCUAGGAUAUAUUUCCUCAACUGAACAAGCAGUUGUUUUGUUUUCAAUCAACAAAGUUUUGCAGACGAGGUUGCCUUUCAUACUGAAUUGUACUGACAUGUACGGGAAACCAAUUUCUCCCAAGCAAUGGCGUAGCUUUGAACAAAACAUCAGUAGGGACGAUAUAACCUGCAUGUAGACUUUUUGCAGGGGAUGGACGGGACAUUCAUAAGACUGAACAGACUGGGUGAACGGCUACAUUUCUUGACAUUAUGAACCUAAUGAACUGAUAGGCUAAAUGAUCAAUGCAAAAUAAAUCUGUAUUGACUUUUUAGUGUUUUGGUUCAGGUGAUACACAGUUUGAUUCAAACCUUUGUUUUGAAAACCUAAAGAAACAUUUUGAAACCUUCCAGAAGAAAUGUCUGGAUUUUAUGAGCAAAUUUCAAUUGCAAAAUUUGAACCCAAAUUAUGAACAUAUAAAAGAAAUACAAACUUGUUCAUCAUCAUCACUUAACUACUUAUAAAGGAGUAAUUCUUAGUUUUCUACAUUUCUUAGUUUAAUUAACAUUAACAGUAAAAAACAUACAGGAGGAUAUUUUUCUCAGCGCAGCUUCCUCCUCAAGUUCGAGAAAUUCCCACAGAUUAAUAUUACGCUAACUCUAAUGCGGGUCGGACUUUCAGUCGCUCAAUCAGUGGUGUGUUCCCCACCACCACAACAUUGACGUCUUUUUACAUGAAUUACAGUGGCUGCUGUCGGCAGGAGAAAAAAAAAACAAUUCUAAUAUCCCUCGUUUUCAAAGGGGGUGGAGGGAGCCGGCAUUUCUGUUGGGCAGUGAAUGCGUCUGUGUAUUUGUGAGUGGGUUAAGUUAUCAGCCAAUCAAACGUGCGUUUGAGGGAAAAAAUGGACUGGCACAUGCAGCAAGUGAAAAGGGGGCAAUGUAAGGCUGAACAUAAUGAAAGUACUGUAAUUCACGGGUCAAUUCUAUCCUUACAACGUAUGGGAAGAUCAUCUAAAUGACCUAUAUAACUGAAGUCAAUAUAUAAUGCAAAUAAGGUUGCUUAGAAGUUGGUGCGUCCUGAUUAUUUAGUAGUAUGUUUAAGUUGUUGCGUUAUUUUACCAGUGGCGCCCCCAGGGGGUGGCCACGGCCACCCCUAUAAAUUUGUUGGCCACCCCACUGGCCACCCUGCUUGCCACUAAAUCGUAGAUUGUUGUAGCAUCAAUUAUGCAUUUCAUCCCAAAUUCAAAUCUGCUAGCAUCUGUUUUUCCCCCAGUAAUUAUUUUGUUUUGUUAAAUGUACACCUUCUGCCUAAUAUAUACAUAACCCAAUAAAACAAAAUUGUCGUGGAACUCAAAAUGUUGACUGGACAGUUAUGGACUAUGCACAUUAAAUCAUUAGUAACUAGGAGUGUCAAACAAUUAAAAUUUUUAAUCGAGUUAAUUACAGCUUAAAAAUUAAUUAAU